AGCUCACACCACACGACCAACGACCAACUUACAAUGGCACCCAAACCAGCCUCCACCGCUUCCAAGGCCCCCGCUUCCACCCCUGCCUCGAAGGCACCUGCAAAGACCACUGCAGACAAAGCGGCGAAGAAAGCCACAAAGACCUCUGCGGCUAAUGCAGGCGCCGAUGGCGAGAAGAAGAAGAAGCGCAAGGUUCGCAAGGAGACUUACUCCAGUUACAUCUACAAGGUCCUCAAACAGGUCCACCCUGACACGGGCAUCUCAAACAAGGCCAUGGCCAUUUUGAACUCGUUUGUCAACGACAUCUUUGAACGCAUUGCCACCGAGGCAUCCAAACUUGCUGCAUACUCUAAAAAAUCUACCAUCUCAUCGCGGGAGAUUCAAACAGCGGUACGCUUGAUCCUGCCGGGUGAACUUGCCAAGCAUGCCAUCUCAGAGGGCACGAAGAGCGUCACCAAGUUCUCGAGCUCAGCAACCAAGUAAUCUUGGGCAUAUUGCGGAUUUCUCUACUCUUGGCAUCUGGCUGUUGUAAAUUAGUUGUAUGAGUUAUUUUAUUUUUUAAUCUACCGUACUUUCUACGGACGGGCGAAGCGAGUUCCGAGGUUCGAACUCUCCAAGAAACUGUUACUGUGCUUUCCAAUGCAAUGUUGUCGAGUCGACUGGUUUAGACACCAUAGAGCAGUCGAAUGAGAUUCCGAGGUGAUGCGUUGCCUAUCUG